AAUAGCGCGUCCGUGACAACCGCUCGCCCCAGCAACAGCUGAGAGAAGUUUCAAAAACAGCGCUGAGAAGGCACACACAGUAGAACCUCGCAACAGAUGCCUGCAGUUCUGCUUUUCGAACAAAUGCGUUGCCCUAUUUAACAGUUUCCCUGCAAGUUUCUUUUCCCCUCCCUCACUGGGCCGGUAGGCUCGACUGGGAUCUUGAAAGGAUACAGUAUCUUACUUCUCCACGGUACACACGACCCAAAGUGAACUCGGGGCCAAAGAGCAAGGAAGCGAGGUUCGAUGUCUUUCUCCCCAGAUUCUCCGUUCUUCCCAGACCGACACCUCUCUCCUGUUUCCAGCUUGUCCUUCAAUCUCGACAGUCUGACCUGCCAGGAAAGUAACACCCCGAAGCGCAGACUCAAGCUUUCCCCCGAGAGUGGAAACCCAAGCCCCGAGGCCUUGCCAGUUGCCACGGAUACCAAAACUCCUACAGGUCCACCUCCCAGGUCACCAUGUAGACUUGAUACAAAGAGCAUGAAGAAAGGACAGACUCCAUCAAGGCGCACAAUCUCCAAGCCGAUCAGACUUCUGGACAAAAUGCGGAUGAAAGUGGAGGGAAAUUUGCAUCAACCGGACAAGAAACAUGAAGAUGGGUGUGCGCGAUCAGGGGUCAAUUCCUCUCCUCUGAAACAGCUCUGUGAAAAGCGUACUGAACAGGCUGAUAGACAGCAACCAUCAGCUCAGAAAAAGAGAAAACACAGUAACCAUGGAAACUGGGAAACAGACCAGAGACAGCUUUAUACCCUCCGCCAGUUGUCCUGCUUCCAGGAAGUCAACGUUAAACAAAUCCCAGACUCAGAGGAGAGAGUCCUUAUCGGUGAUUUCUCUAAAGCCUGCGCGCUGCCAAUAGAAGAUGGAAAACAUCAGGAUCUGAAAUACAUUUCAGCUCACUCUGUAGCCGCUCUGCUGCUCGGACUUUAUGAACAUGUUAUCCAUGAGUACAUCAUAGUGGAUUGUCGUUACCCAUAUGAAUAUAAUGGUGGGCACAUAAAGGGAGCCCUGAAUCUGUACACAGAGGAACAGCUCAUCAGUACAUUCUUUCCAAGUCAAGCAUCGCCUUGUCCUAGGAAGCAUUGUAGGGUCAUUAUUUUCCAUUGCGAGUUCUCCUCAGAGCGAGGUCCAAAGUUUUGUCGGAGUCUCAGGAGAAUGGACCGAAAUGCAAAUGUAUAUCCAAACCUCUGCUUUCCGGAGCUUUACAUUUUAAAGAAUGGAUACAAGGAAUUCUUCCAGGAGUUUGCGACGUUCUGUGAACCUCGGGGAUACAUCCAAAUGCAUCACAAGGAUUACAGAGAGGAACUUCACAUGAUCCGCAGGAAAGUGCGCUUGGUGGCUGGGCGUCGCAGGCGAAAGGGACUGUUCCAAAUGGCAAAUGGAUAUUGAUGGGAUGGCAGAGGUUUCAACUUCAGAACUGACCUUCACCUUCAACACUUUCUGAAGAAGGGUCCUGACCUGAAACGUCAGCCUUCCUGCUCCUCUGGUGCUGCCUGGCCUGCUGUGUUCCUCCAGCUCCACAUUGUGUUAUUUCCAGACGACAGUCCUGUUUGCUCUAUGUAGUCUUUGCCGGUCAUGGUCUGUGUCAACCUUCCCUGACUGUAUCCCAUCAACAUCUUCCACCACUCACAAAAUAUUUCAUAUUCACAUGUGCACAUUCCAUAUUCAAAAAAAUACAAGUUUAAGUAAUUAAGCAAAGUUCCAGGACAUAUACAUUUGCGGGUUAGAUUCAGAAUAAAGCAACGUCUACACCAUUCCCAUCAAAUACUCCCAGGGUCAGUACACCAUGGAGUUAGACAUAGAGUGAAGCUUCCUGUACACUGACCUCAUCAAACAUUCCCAGGACAAGUAAACUGUGGGGUUAGAUAGACCGUAAAGCUCUCCCUGCUCUGUCACCAUCAAGCACUCCCAGGACAGUGUUAGUAUGUGAUUAGAUCUAGGGUAAAGUUCCCUCUGCUCUUUUCAACAGAAAUUAAAGCUCACUCCACGUUAUCGCCAUCAAACACUCCCAGAACAGGUACAACAUGGGGUUAGCUACAGAGUAAAGCUCCCUUUACUCUUUUAAACUGAAAGUAAAGCAUUUUGUAAACUUUCCCAAUCAAACACUCCCAGAACAGGAACAAUGCAAAGCUAAUAUAAAGGUUCCUCAACACAUUGCAACAAUCAAAUUAAAAAUGAAAAUGUCAAGUUUCAGUUCAAUUUUAGACCAUUUUCUGUGCUCUUUGGCAAAAACUUGGGAAUAAGUGA